GGUAAUCAUGACCUUAUUUCCACAAAUAUUAGGUGAAAAAAUAGAACACUAUUGUGUUUUAUGAGCUAAAUUAGGAAAAUUUGUCAAGAAAAAGAGUAACACAAUAGGCUUUCAUUAAAAGAAAUUAAAGUAUAGCGAAGAGAAUUGAACACUACUACGUAUUACACGGACGUUAUCUUAUUCCAUCAACCUCCACGUACAGAAGAGAUCGAAGAUUAGAGACGGCAAUAUAAUGAAUGGCAUGCAUGCAGAGAGAUGAGAGACGGAUCUCCCAUCUACCUAUUAUUAAUUAUUACAAGUUAAUUCAUAUGAUGAUGAUUAUUUCCGGGCGGCAGACUUGGAUUUAUCAACAGCCAAACAAACUCUGAUGGCUUGACCAAUGUCGUUGUUCAAUGCCUGGACACUGGCAACGUCCACUUUGAAAUCAUCGAAAGCGUUGUCGCAGUCCUCAAGGCUGGUCAACGCCGCCGACAGUUUGUAGUUCAAGCUAAAAGUCUUGUCCCCUAGACUGGAACCUCUAAAUUUGGAAGUAUUUUAUGAUUUUUUGUUGUUGUAAAUCACAGGUUGUACAGACUGCAUUAACUGAGGUUAAACUGACUGAAGCUGCCAGCAUGAGAGCUAGCAGUUACAGUGGAGGAAUGAGGCGACGGCUCAGUCUUGCGAUAGCUCUUAUUGGCGAACCAAAAUUGGUUAUUUUAGAUGAACCAACAACCGGCAUGGAUCCAAUUACAAGACGACACGUCUGGGACAUAAUAGAGGAUGCAAAAAAAGGGCGUGCCAUCAUCUUAACCACCCAUUCUAUGGAAGAAGCUGACAUUUUAAGUGAUCGCAUAGGCAUCAUGGCAAAGGGGAGGCUUCGUUGCAUUGGGACUUCAAUAAGGUUGAAAUCAAAGUUUGGAACUGGUUUUGUUGCUACAAUCAGUUUUUCUGGAGGGACAGCUCCUGAAGAAUCUGAUACUUUUUCUACAGAUAAACAUCAAGCAGUGAAACAGUUCUUCAAAACGCAUUUGGAUGUGGUGCCUAAAGAGGAAAGCAAGUCUCUCCUGACCUUUGUUAUUCCGCAUGACAGGGAGAGCCUUUUGACUGACUUCUUUACUGAACUCAAAGAUCAAGGAUCAGACUUUGGAAUAUCAGAUGUCCAACUAGGGCUCACAACCCUCGAAGAGGUUUUCUUAAACAUUGCUAAACAGGCCGAAAUGGAAAGUGCUGCAGCAGAGGGAAGUUUUGCUACUCUUACAUUGAACUCGGGGUCGUCUCUUCAGAUACCAGUGGGAGCAAGAUAUAUUGGGAUUCCUGGGACAGAAUCUGCCGAUAAUCCCAGAGGCAUUAUGGUAGAAGUGAACUGGGAACAAGAUGAUUCUGGUAGGCUAUGCAUCUCUGGCCACUCAGAGGAGAGGCCAAUACCUCCUCAUGUUGAACUGACAGCUUCUCCAACAACCACUUCUAGUAGGGCCUUGAGACGAGGGAGACAAAUUCGGGGUAUAGUACUUGAUCCUGCACAAAUUAACUGCACAAAUGUGUGUUGAUUGGUUGACUUUAUCAUGCUAAUAAUGUAAUGGAUACUAGGGCAACGGUUUGAGUAAAAAAGAUUGUAAGAGCAACUCUAUUAAGAUCGAGAUGUUAUUAAGAUCGAGAUUGAUAUAAGGUGAAUAAAGUUAGUAAUAAUCUUACUAUGGAUAAUAGGCCUUAUUGCGUCCUCUCCCAGGCCUUAUUUCAGCAAUGUGAU